UGAUGAUUAUAAUAGCGUUUCUCAAUGAAACCAACCUCCACAACUUGGAGAUUUUGUGUAGCUCAGUUGUGAUCAGAAAUUAAUUGUUUCUCUGUGAGAUUUUCACUUACUUCCUUGAAUAAGCUCAUAUCCUUCACUUGAGGAGAGCUUGAUCUGCUUGUACACAGGUAUCCACCAAUGCACGUUCAGCAAGAAUGGUUCUGCUGUCUGGUCAAGAAAUCACUGCCUUCAUUUCCACUUUAGAAUAAAAGAAUGGUUAGGUGAAAAAAAAUGUACAAAAUCGCACAACGUUCCUUUACCACAAGCAAACAGAGUUUACACUUGGGCUGUGGGUCAAUGUGUCUAACAAAUAAUACUAGUCUAACUCAAAGAAUCUUUUAUAUCUAAUAUCUGCUAUAGAAAUGUCAGAUGUUGCACAUGUCAUGGCUGAUCACUAUCUUGUCACACUGUUGCUUUAACAUGCGAUCUGUAUCUGGAUAUUGAUGUUCCUUUGUUCAUUGUUUCUCAGACUGGUAUUUCUCUCUAAAGCUGACAUGACGUGAUCAUGCUCUGGCUGAGAUCCGAUCCUAGUACCAUCUAGAGAAACCUCUAGCUUUUGUCCCUAGUAUUUUUAUUUAGCACAUCAGAUCCUGAUUCUCACAAAAUCACUGUAAAAAUCACAGAUUUUAAAAUUUUAUCUUGUUAAUGUUGUUUGUAAACCACCAGACCCCAAUAGGGCUGGUGGGUAUUUUAUUAUUUUUAUUAGGGAUUCACUGUUGGCUUGAUUACGGCGAGCACUUCGGUGUCGGCUUCGUAUCAGAUGAUGUUAUUCCAACAGCCAAAUUUUUUUAUUUUAAUUUUCUAGCUAGUAUAUGAUUCAGGGUUUCCCCGAGAAGGGAGUGUGUGUGUUUCCAAUGAGCAUGAGUGAUUUAAUGCACAUCAUAUGUAUUUCUAAACUUGACGAUAUUUGCACACUUCUUAAAGCAGCCUAGCUGUUUUUUUUCUUCUGUCCAGCAGGUGGCAGUGUAACUCUGAGCCAUUCAAACCCAACAGCUCUGGCAGAGCACAAGGCCAGUUGAACAAACGUAGUUCUGUUUUUGAAUAUUUGGCUUCCCCUAACUUAGAAGUACUAACAAAUGGCAUCAUGAGUGCACACUUAGAGAUCAAGAGGAAGAGUGUUUAGUGGGAGUGUAUUUGCAGAGGAAAGAAAUGUAUCUCCAUCAGCAAUCAGGAACAAACCCCUGAACAAAAAACAUUUAACAUUAAGUAGGCCUAAUUACUUUGUCCUGCAUACACUUCUGAAAAGCUUUGUCUACCAUUUUCAGCAGCUUUACAAAAGAAACUGCAUCAGAUUGCAGAAAUACCUUCUGGGUAAGUUCUAGACAGGUUGUCACCUUAGCCCUUCAUAUAACCAUCAUCUGAGGAAGUUCACUUGAGCUAAUGAAGAAAUUAAAUGGCCCACAAGAUGUGCAAGAGGAUUUACAGUAAAAAUAGGACAUGAAUAUAGUUAUUAUCAUCAAUUAAUUUAAAAGGGAGUUCGAACUUCUUAGGCUGUAACUAGCAGGGGAAAAAUAUCAACUGAUGUCUAGUUUCUAAAUCCAAUCUCACACACUAACGGAACUCUCAAUACAAAACCAUUUUACCUCCUGACGUUGUUGUUUUCUUAGUGUCCCCCCCCCCCCCCCCCCCCAUCCAUUGCCACCAUUCUUUUUAAACACUAUAAUAUGGUUUCAAAAUUUCCAGAUCUGUAUUUCAGUGAGUCCUUUUAUUUUGUUUGGGUUCUUUAUCAGGAUGUACCGAUCUAACGCUGAGUAUGGCUAUUGGACCAAAACUUUACUCAAUCGCUGGAUCAUUAUCAAAUUUGACAAAUUUUCUGGUCCUGUCCAUUGACGUGAUUUGUCUAUGAGCUUGACUGGUCAUUAUUUUCUUCAGAAGCUCAUCUUUUGCUGCAAGAGAAUCACAACAAACAGGAUAUCUUCACAGCAACACCUUUUCUGUGAAAUGAGAAAGUAGGAUCAAUUCAUCCCUAGUUCUUUCUCAGUCAUUCCCUCUUACUGUGAAUGAGAUGAAUUUUUGGGUUUUGGUUGUUGAUCUGCUAUUAGUUAACUACUGUGUAGAAGUAGUACUAGUGUGAGAGGAAACUGUGGGAUUGUACACAUGCUUUUUACCUUAUAAUAAAGGAUGAUCCUUUAAGUGCCUGAACUGGACGGAAACAAAGUUCCCCCCCUGCUUUUAUUUUUCAUCAUAAUGAAUGUGCAGAUCUUUCACCGUAUUCAGCUAAUCAUGGCAUACAGUACAUGAUACUACAAAAAUCUUAGCAGGUUUGAAAACCUGAGAACACUUAUUUAGAGAAGUUUAUUUAGCAUUUAUUUAAAAUAAAUGGGUGUAGUGAUCUUUAAUAAAUAAAAAGUUGUUUGCACUGCCAAUAAGAGGUAUAAAAUACUUUGGGACGUGAUGAAAAUAAACAAUAACGUGGUGGGGUGAUGUGAUGUUCCUGUUAUCACCCCAAAGAACAGACAAACCAGACAAAUCCAGGGUCAGCAACCCAGUCCUGCUAACUCAGCAAUAUAAAUACAAAGAAAAGGCCCUAGGUCAUAGGUCAGUAAUUUAAUUACCAGUAUUCUUCAAGUUCAUGCUUACAGAUUUACACCACCUACAUUUUAAAAAGAUCAGUAGUCUUCAUGAACAGAGACCAGAGCUGUUUGUUCUGCUACCAGAAAAUACUGCACCUUUAACAGACCCCUAAAAAGUCCGGAACUGACCUCUGGUCGGGCCAGAUAUUCCAGUGUUAAAUAAAUCAUAACAUAACAUUCUGCAUGCAACUCUCAACUUCUGCUUCUCUCUGACAUUUCAAGUGUUUAAUAGCAUUUUGCAAAGCAUUUUGGUAUCUGAAGUAACACAAUGAGUGAAACUUAACUGUCAUUUUGUCUUGAGAAACCAAGACAUAUAAUACAUGGAAAUUGUUUAUAAAACUGUUUUCUGUCUCUUGAAUGAAGUUCAUGAGGCAGAAUUCCAAUAUUUACUACACAAUAUGAUCAGUGUUUUGUUCAAUAUAUAUUUGCAGUAGCAUUCCGCUUUGUGCAUGCACACAAGACCAACCAAUCAGUAGUUUCACACCUGAAGAAAAGGACUUGGACCAAUGAGUCAUGUGAUAUGAGUCAUUGGUGAAGUGAUACAACGGCAGGCUCUAAGCCUUCUGGCAGUCACCAGUUGAGUCAUUAUGUGGGGUUGCACAAGACUCUGGUUGCUCUUCAUUGCUUUACUUCACCUAAAAGAUAUAAGGGCACUUGGAGUGUGGAGUAAAAGGUCUGCACAAGAUUGGUACAGUGUUGAUGGCAAGACAUCUCUGGAUCAGCUGCAGGAAACUGCAUCCUUUCCUGAUGGAGCCCAAACUUCCACAGCCUUGAGGGAUGAAGGUAAAACCAAUGCUGGAGUUCUGCAAACUAGGAUAGAUUUAUGGACAGGCUUAUCUUCAUCGGAAGCCCUGAUAAAUGGCUCUUUUGGUCAAUACAAGCCAGUGUUCCCAGGUUUUCAAGCUUUCCAAAAACAGAAUGUUGCUUCAGAAAGCAGAGGCUCGACUGUCUAUGGGCUUUCACGAGGGCUUGGCAGCCAAUAUGGUAGUUUCCAAACACAGCAAGACAAAAACCAAUUGAGCUCUGCCCCUGCUUUAACUUUGAACCAACAAGCCUCUGGCAUGUCUUCCAGCUCCCACACUGGUUCUCAAAGCACAAUUUCCGACUGGUUGUCCCUAGGACUUUCCAGACCCUAUGUUAGUUUCCAGACACAGCAAGGCACAAAUCAACUUGGCUCUGCUCCUGCAUUAACUGUAACCCAGAAGGCAACUGAAGGUGCCACAACAGCUAAUGGUUCCUCCACCUCCAGUUUAUCAAGUGCUUACAGUGGCUCUCAAGGCACCACUGGCUAUGGACCGUCUCAAGUGCUUGCAAGCCAGUAUGGUGGUGGUCAAUCAAGCCCUGCCCCUGCCAUUGUGACCCAACAGGCCUCUGGGAGUGCUGUCUCCAGUGGUUCUACGUCUAGUACUUCAAGCUCCUGCAGUGGUUCUCAAAGCCGAGGCUCAACUGUCUAUGGGCUGUCUCAAGGAUUUUCCAGGCCCUCUGGUAGUUUCCAGACACAGCAAGGCACAAAUCAACUUGGCUCUGCCCCCACAUUAACUGGAACUCGGCAGGCAACUGUAGCUGUCGCAACAGCUAAUGGCUCCUCCAGCUCCUCAAGCUCCUUCCAUGGUUCUCAAAGCCGAGGCUCAACUGUCUAUGGACUGUCUCAAGGAUUUUCCAGGCCCUCUGGUAGUUUCCAGACACAGCAAGGCACAAAUCAACUUGGCUCUGCCCCCACAUUAACUGGAACUCGGCAGGCAACUGUAGCUGUCGCAACAGCGAACGGCUCCUCCAGCUCAUCAAGCUCCUUCACUGGUUCUCAAAGCCCGUCUUCCAAUUGGCCUUCACUAGGACUUUCCAGACCCUAUGGUAGUUUCCAGACACAGCAAGGCACAAAUCAACUGAGCUCUGCCCCUGCAUUAACUGGAACUCAGCAGGUAAGUGGAGGUGCCACAACAGCUAAUGGUUCCUCCGCCUCCAGUUUAUCAAGCCCCUACGUUGGUUCUCAAAGCUCCACUGGCUAUGGGCUAUCUCAAGGGCUUGCAAGCCAGUAUGGUGGUGGUCAAUCAAGCCCUGCCCCUGCCAUUGUGACCCAACAGGCCUCUGGGAGUGCUGUCUCCAGUGGUUCUACGUCUAGUACUUCAAGCUCCUACAGUGGUUCUCAAAGCCGAGGCUCAACUGUCUAUGGACUGUCUCAAGGAUUUUCCAGGCCCUCUGGUAGUUUCCAGACACAGCAAGGCACAAAUCAACUUGGCUCUGCCCCCACAUUAACUGGAACUCGGCAGGCAACUGUAGCUGUCGCAACAGCUAAUGGCUCCUCCAGCUCAUCAAGCUCCUUCCAUGGUUCUCAACGCCGAGGCUCAACUGGCUAUGGGCCGUCCCAUGGGCUUGCAAGCCUGUAUGGUCGUGGUCAAUCAAGCUCUGCCCCUGCAUUAACAGUAUCCCAGCAGGCAAGUGAAGGUGCCACAACGGCUAAUGGUUCCUCCAGCUUAUCGAGCGCCUUCACUGGUUCUCCAAGCCCAACUGCCUACUGGCUGUUGCUUAGACUUUCCAGCCAAUAUGCUGGUUCCCAGGCACAGCAAGGCAAAAACCAGCUUGGCUCUGUGGCUGGAUUAAAUGUAAUUCAACAAGCCUCUGCAAGUCCAGUGUUGAAUGGUUCUACUUCUAGCACUUCAAGCUCCUUCCAUGGUUCUCAAAGCCGAGGCUCAACUGUCUAUGGACUGUCUCAAGGAUUUUCCAGCCCCUAUGGUAGUAUCCAGACACAGCAAGACACAAACCAACUGAGCUCUGCCCCUCCUUUAACUUUAACCCAACAAGCCUCCGGCAUGUCUUCCAGCUCCCACAAUGGUUCUCAAAGCCGAGGCUCAACUGUCUAUGGACUGUUUCAAGGAUUUUCCAGACCCUUUGGUAGUUUCCAGACACAGCAAGGCACAAAUCGGCAGACAACUGAAGCUGCCACAACAGCGAAUGGUUCCUCCACCUCCAGUUUCUCACGCUCCUUCACUAGUUCUCAAGGCCCAACUGCCUACUGGCUGGUGCUAAGACUUCCCAGCCAAUAUGCUGGUUCCCAGGCCCAGCAAGGCAUAAACCAGCUUAGCUCUGUGCCUGGAUUAAAUAUGAUUCAACAAGCCUCUGCAAGUCCAGUGUUAAAUGGUUCUACAUCUAGUACUUCAAGCUACUACAGUGGUUCUCAAGGCUCCACUGGCUAUGGACUGUUUCAAGGGCUUGGCACCCAGUAUGGUGGUCAAUCAAGCUCUGCCCCUGCCUUCGUGACCCAGCAGGCCUCUGGGAGUGCAGUGUCCAGUGGUUCUACACCUAGUACUUCAAGCUCCUUCCAUGGUUCUCCAAGCCAAAGCUCAACUGGCUAUGGGUUGUCUCAAGGGCUUGGUAGCCGCUAUAGUAGCUUUCAUACACAGCAAGACAAAAACCAACUGACCUCUGCCCCUGCUUUAACUUUGAACCAACAAGCCUCUGGCAUGUCUUUCAGCUCCCACAAUGGUUCUCAAAGCCCGUCUUCCAAUUGGCCGUCACUAGGACUUUCCAGACCCUAUGGUAGUUUCCAGAUGCAGCAAGGCACAAAUCAGCAGACAACUGAAGCUGCCACAACAGCUAAUGGUUCCUCCACCUCCAGUUUAUCAAGCCCCUACAUUGGUUCUCAAAGCUCCACUGGCUAUGGACCGUCUCAAGUGCUUGCAAGCCAGUAUGGUGGUGGUCAAUCAAGCUCUGCCCCUGCCUUCGUGACCCAGCAGGCCUCUGGGAGUGCUGUCUCCAGUGGUUCUACAUCUAGUACUUCAACCUCUUACAGUGGUUCGCAAAGCCACGGUUCAACUGUCUAUGGACUGUCUCACAGCUUUUCCAGGCCCUAUGGUAGCUUCCAAACACAGCAAGGCACAAAUCGGCAGACAACUGAAGCCGCUGCAACAGCUAAUGGCUCCUCCAGCUCAUCGAGCUCCUUCACUGGUUCUCAAAGCCCGUCUUCCAAUUGGCCUUCACUAGGAAUUUCCAGACCCUAUGUUAGUUUCCAGACACAGCAGGGCAUAAACCAGCUUGGCUCUGUGCCUGGAUUAAAUGUGAUUCAACAAGCCUCUGCAAGUGCAGCGUUAAAUGGCUCUACAUCUAGUACUUCAACCUCUUACAGUGGUUCGCAAAGCCACGGUUCAACUGUCUAUGGACUGUCUCACGGCUUUUCCAGGCCCUAUGGUAGCUUCCAAACACAGCAAGGCACAAAUCGGCAGACAACUGAAGCUGCCGCAACAGCUAAUGGCUCCUCCACCUCCAGUCUAUCAAGUUCCUACACUGGUUCCCAAAGCCAAAGUGCAACUGCCUAUGGGUCAUCUCACAGCCUUUCCAAUCUUUAUGAUGGUUUGCAUAACGGCAUGAUGUCCAAUGGCUGA